GUUUGAACUGGGGUUUAAUACUUUGUUGCUCAGUUUUACAUCUGUCCUGCUGGGCUGUUCAGCUUCUCUGCACUCGGCUAUGAUUUGGGAUAACGGCGGCCAGAACCGUUUCUCCAUUUAUUCUGUCAUCCUGUAGCACCAGCAGCCGAGGACUGCCUAACAGUGGCUUUUCCUACAAAGGUCGAGCUCCACUCACACAGAGACGGCGGGGGAGGGGGGCGUUGCCUCCCUGGCCAGCCUACCUCCGCCCCUCCCCCCUUCCGCCUCCUCCGACUACCAGCCCCAGCAGCAGUUUAGGCUUGGCACGCAAGCUGAGGAGGCAUCCGAGGAAUUUGCUUCCUGCGAUCCUUGGGCUGAACAUCUCUCCAAGCGCUUCUCUUGCAUGGGGCACGGCAGGACGGAGUUGCCGCGGCUGAGUGAUGGCCCAGCCUUUAAUCAAGAAAACUUUCUCCCGACUGAGGAGCAAGGAACGCCUGGGGAGUAAAAAGGCGACGCCCGCGCCUCAGAACGAACCAGAUCCUCCAUUGGAGCUACCAGACGAUUUACAUCUACCUUCUGAGCCUAAGCCAGUGGAUACUGUUCUGUUGAUUGAUGGAUGCCAGAAAAGUGCUGCCAUCACUAUGUCACGGAAACAAAACUGGGCCAAAUUCACCUGGGGCAGUCAAGAGGACUCUCGUAACAGGAGGCUGUGCCAGAGCUUUUCCCCUGUGCCACAGGCCCCUGCAGACAUUGGCUUAGUGGCAACUGGACCUAAUAAAGAUACUGACUUGCUAGCCAGCUACCUGGAGACAUGUAACCCCACCCUCAGUGCCAAAUACAGCAACCAAGGUGCUUAUCUACAAACCCUGGAAAAAAGUAGCCGCCAAUGGGUGCUCUCCGCAGGGAAGACUCAGGGGGUAGAAGGGACAGCCACUGAGAUGAAAGAUUUCCACAAGCAUGGCAACUCCCAAGGAGAGAUCUGGUACAACCCAAUUCCAGAGGAUGAGGACCUGCAACUCCUGUCCCUUGAAAGGAAGUGUGGUAGUGAUUGUGAAAAUAAGGACAAGAAGAGGAACCCAAUACAAGUUAAAGUACUGCAUGAAUGUAUAGAUAUUAGCAGCUCGCUGAAGGCAAUCACUAAUGUUGUGCAGAUUUCCCCAAUCCAACUGAGGCAUGUUAAGCAAGUGGAGAUGCUGGGCCAUCACCAGUCUAAGACAUACGGAAAGGUGCCUGUUGCAACUGUGGAACCUGAAGAACGUUCAGCCAGUGGCAUGCUGAUAGCCAAGAACACCAAUGCCAAUAAAAAGAGCCAUUCUUUCAGCAAGACCAAGUCCCCAGGCCCAGUACGAAGUCUUUCCAUGAAGAUGAAGAAACUGCCAGAGCUGAGGCGGAAACUAAGUCUGCGUAGCUCCCGUCCUCGAGGGCCAGAAGGGAGCUCUUCUGCUAAGGAGUCAGGGAAUGUCAUUAGCCGCUACCAUCUUGACAGUAGUGUGGUAUCUCAGCGACCUGUGACCAGCAAUGAGGGAUAUUUGAGUGAUAGUGAAUCCCUAGAGCUUCUGUCUAAGGCGGAGGCAUGCCUUGGCCUUGAAGGGUCAUCAUUCUGGCUGUACAGUUUUCCUGAACAGCCUAGCUGUCUACAGCAUCUCUCUGGUCUUGUCAGCAUCCACUUGCUGGGGAUCCAGGGCUUCAAGCCUCCCAAAGCUGAAACCAAAGAGCUCUUCUGCAUUCUUCAAGUAGACUCUGUUAACAAGGCUCGCACAGCCCUCCUGCCUUGCCAGGCUGCUGUCCUCACUCUCAACCAUUCUUUCCAGCUGGAGCUUGAGGAUGCCCAACUUCUCAAAAUGGUGGUCUUCUCCUGUGAUCCUACUGUGGGCAAGAACCGAGUUUGCUGCCAUGGUACCAUCAUUCUGCCCCAGGUUUUUCAAGGUUGCAGGACCCAGCAGUUGGCACUACAACUGGAGCCUCAGGGGCUUCUUUACAUCAAACUCACUCUGGUGGACCAGUGGGAUCCAGCUAACUCUGAACAGGAAUCACAAGUCUUUGGAGUGAAGCUGGAUCAGGUGGUGAAAAGAGAAGGUGCUGCCAUCAAGGUGCCACUCCUAAUCCAGAAAUGCGUAACCCAGAUUGAGAAACGAGGAUUGAAGGUGGUAGGCCUGUAUCGCUUAUGUGGCUCAGCAGCAGUGAAGAAGGAAUUACAUGAUGCCUUUGAGAGGGAUAGUGCUGCUGUUGUUCUUUCUGAAGAUCUUUAUCCAGACAUCAAUGUGAUUACAGGGAUCUUGAAGGACUAUUUGCGUGAGUUACCCACUCCUCUUAUCACUGACCCCCUCUAUCAGGUGGUACUGGAAGCUAUGUCCAAUCGGACAGUAGGGCUGGAAGUGAAGGAGACAACAACAGCUCUUCUGAAUUGCCUACCAGAGGCUGAGAAGGCCACUUUGAUAAUGCUGCUUGAUCACCUUAGUUUGGUUGCUGCUUUCCAUACCUUCAAUCGCAUGAAUGCCCAGAAUCUUGCUGUGUGCUUUGGGCCUGUGCUCCUGAGCCAAGGGGCAGGUGGGACCAUAGUCUCCAGAUCUGGCCAGCAGCAUUGUACCAUUGCCAGAACCAGAGAUUUUAAACAUCAUCUUGAAGUAUUACAUUACCUGUUACAGUCCUGGCCAGUGCCACAUAGGAAGAUGGAAGAUGGGGAAUGUACCUUUCCAAGCAAGGAGGCCUGUCACCAGUGCCACCCUCCUCUGGAUCUGCCACUGUCAAACACUACUGUCACUACUCGAAGUCACCCAAGAGGAUUGGAAAGUCCUCCAAGAAAUCGUUACGCUGGAGACUGGAGUGUGUGUGGACAACAGUUCCUGGGAACCUCCAAGCCAGGCAGCGAAGCUGACUUUGAUGAGGUGGCAGAGAGUGAGAGUGACAGAGAAGAGGAGAAUGGGGGGGGGGCUUUGAGGAAAGGAUUGGCACUCAAUAGCCAAGCAAUCUACAUGGGUGAUUUUGCCCUGGUGGAGGAUCCAGAGACUCCCUUUAGCCCAAAGCUCAAUUUGAAAGACUUCGAUGCUCUCAUCUUGGACCUUGAGCGAGAACUCUCCAAGCAAAUCAAUGUCUGCCUGUGAAGCAUUCUCUCAGAACUUUAUAGCAUUGCAAGCUGAAGAUGCCUCAGCAAGUUCUUUUUUCUGACUUACAACCUAUGUCAGUAUUAUUACUGGUCACAGAUUUUAACCCAAGGGGGCUCUCCCUUUUGGCUUUUGCCAGCAUUGAAGAGCCAGCAUGAACUCUCAGUGAUUGGCUGAAAGGGCACCAUUGCUGGGACUCUCCCCUCAGUUUAUAUGUGAACUGGGAACAGAAGAGAGGCAGGAGCUCUCAACCAGCACCUUGUUCAUAUAUUUCAGUGAAAUCUUCCUCAACUUGGAACCUUCCAGAUGUAUUGGAACUCAGUUCCUAUGUUUCCCAGCCAUCGUGGCAAACACAUCUGGAGGGCACAGGCUGAGAAAGGCAGCUUUAAAUGCUUCCAGGGAAGAGAGGAUUUAUUGAUGGUUUUCUUUUCUUUUCUUUUCUCGAAAAGGUAAAAUUGAAAACGUAAUGUUUAUGUGCAUGCUUUCCUAAUCAUUCAGAGCACUUUACUUAUCCUUGAAGGCAGGUCAAUAUUAUUAUUCUAAAUCUGUAUCUAGAGUCCAAACUGAAACACAAUAGUUUGCCAAAGAUUGAACUGAGCUGUGGUUGGGAUCAGGGCUCCUUUUUGCUUCUAAAAUUAAAUCAUAAAUAAGGCACAUAAGAGUGCAGUGCCAAAGUACAGCAUAAGGCCUCUGUCCCCAUGUGAUACCUUCAAUCCAUCAAACUAGAUCAGGGGUGUCAAACUCGCAACAUCACGUGACAUGUCACGACGUAUUGUGACAUUUUUGCCAUUGCCAGCAAUGAGAUGGGCGCAGUUUUGCUAUGAUGCCUCCAACCGGCAGUUUGACACCCCUGAACUAGAUUGUUUGUUGAACAACCAUAAUGAGUAUGUUUGGGAUAUGAUUUCAAGCUGACUGUAUAUUGUCAUGCUAUCCAUAUUACUAAUUAUAAUAUUUGGGGGAAUUUUGGCAAAGUCUGAACAAUUGUACCUAUAGCAUUUUUAUAAUUUUCUAAGGAAGUUAACCAAUCAAAAAUAGAUAGUUAGGUUUGUUCUUGACAGAUCCAGGCUGAUUUCUUGUAAUUAUGGGAUUGUUAUCAGCUGCCUACAGAUGAAUCUCUUCAAGAACCACUCUCAAAUCUUUCCAGACAUCAGUGUCAGACUGAUUUGUAUGUGGCUCCUCAGAUCCUCCAUUCCCCACUUUUUGAAGAUAAGGAUUGUUUUCCUCCUCCAGUCAUCUGGCACUGUCAGCAAAAUCCUUCAGUAUAUAUACAUUCAUACAGAGUAAAUUUCUCUAGACUUGCUAUGAUCAGUCUUGAACUUUAUGUGUUUCCCCUUAAUCUGACUUGUCAGUGUCUCCUGGAACACAUAACAUCUUUUGGAGAGGACUGAGUCUCAAAUAAGAGCAACUUGCUGACUAGAUUAAUUUAUUUUGAGUGUAUCUGUACCUGAAGAUACCCACUGAGCACAUUCCUCAGCAUGUAGAUUUACUAACACCAUUUCUGAAAAUCUGUAUAAUUUUUAAAAAUAUUCUUCCUUGAUUUCUCUUCCCUUUGUAUUUCUAAAUGUUCUCAUAUUUUCACUAACAUGAUAGUGCAGCCACAUGGGCUUUUUCAACUAACCUCCAUCUUUUCCCUUCAUUUAAAUUGCUUGCAGUUGUCCUUUUAAUACCUUGGGCUCCUUUUCCUAAUGUCCCCAGCAGUCUCUUAGGAUUUAGCAUUCCUACCAAUCCUUCCUUCCUCAGAGUCCAUUGCAAUCCAAUUCAUGCACAGUUCAAUAUUUCAGAUCUAUCCUGCCAUUCAAAGCAGAUUUAUUGCACUCACUAGGAUCAGAGACCCAUACCCUGAUUCUUUAAUAUGGCAACCUCUGGAGAGUUUCUUAUCUUGCCCCAUUCUUGCUCAUUUUUAGCAGAGUGAAUGUUACGUUUUUUUAGACAAUUGGCACUCUGGUAUUUGUCCCAGUAGGCUUAUUCAGUUUUACUAAACAAGCUUCUUGGAAUUCCAGCCCUAUUCAGUGAUAUUACUAUCAUAUCUCCAUACUGUUUAAACAGGUAAAUAACAUGGAAGAAGUAUAUUUUUAACCCCCCCCCCAAAAAAAAUAGGUGUUUCCCUGAAGUAUAGGAAGAAAAUUCUGACCUUAUAUUUUGAGAAUGUGGAGAUGGAUUAUUGCACAUUCAACCUUAGGGAUGAAUACCUACUAUCAAGAUAUUACAGAUCCAUCUCUGUUUAUCCUAACAUUCUGCUUUUGACUACAUUAAAAAAAUGAGAAGGGGAGCAAUGCUGUAUCCCCGUGGUGGGGAACCUAUGGCACGGGUGCCACAGGUGGCAUGCAGAGUCCUCUCUGUGGGCACACACACUGUCGCCCCAGUCCUAGGCCUUCAGCUGGGUUUUAUAAAACCUUUUCGCUUUAGGCCUC